AUGGGGAGCGCGGCGCCGGGGGCCGGCCCGUGGGUGCUGCGGGCGCUCACCGGGUGCCUGCUGGGCGCGCUGGUGCUGGGCACGCUGCUGGGCAAUGCGCUCGUGUGCCUCGCCAUCCUGCGCUUCCGCCGCCUCCGCAACAAGGUCACCAACUGGUUCGUGCUGUCACUGGCCAUCUCGGACCUCUGCGUGGCCCUUUUGGUGAUGCCCUGGAAGGCCGUCACUGAGGUGGCUGGAGGCUCCUGGCUCUUUGGCAGCCACUUUUGUGACACCUGGGUGGCCUUCGACAUCAUGUGCUCCACCGCCUCCAUCCUGCACCUCUGCAUCAUCAGCCUGGACCGGUACUGGGCCAUCUCCAGCCCCUUUCGCUAUGAGCGCAGGAUGACGCAGCGCCUCGCUUGUGCCAUGAUAGCCGUGGCCUGGGCUCUCUCCAUGCUCAUCUCCUUCAUCCCCGUGCAGCUGCACUGGCAUAAAGCCAAGGACAGUGGAGAUCCAGGCUCCUGGCUACCUGCAACACCCCGCUGCGAUGUCAGGUUGAACCGCACUUAUGCCAUCACCUCCUCCCUUAUCAGCUUCUACAUCCCCGUUGCCAUAAUGAUCAUCACCUACACCAGGAUCUACAGAAUUGCCCAGGCCCAGAUCCGCCGCAUCUCCACCCUUGAGAGAGCAGGGGGGCAGUGGCCAGCUCCUGGCAAGGAGCCCACAUCCUCUCUGCGGCGUUCCUUGCGCAAGGAGACCAGGGUGCUGCAGACCCUUUCUAUCAUAAUGGGAGUCUUUGUCUGCUGCUGGCUGCCCUUCUUCCUGCUGAACUGCCUGCUGCCUUUCUGCCAGCCCAGCCUCCAGGAGGACCCUGAAGGACAGCCACUCUGUAUCGGCCAAACCACCUUCAACGUCUUUGUGUGGUUUGGCUGGGCCAACUCUUCACUGAAUCCAGUCAUCUAUGCUUUCAACGCAGACUUCAGGAGGGCUUUCAGCAAUCUCUUGGGCUGCCAGUGCUGCUGCACACCUGAAUCCCCUGUGGAGAGGGUCAACUUCAGCAAUGAGCUGGUUUCCUAUCACCGUGACACCACCUGCCAGAAGGAAGGAGCUGUCCCAUCGUCAGUGCCUCCUGCUGCCACCACUGCCUGGGUGCAGCCCGUGCCCCAUGCCAUAAACCUCCAGGGAGAGCACAGCAGUGAGGAGAUGUCUAUGGAGAAGAGGGCUGUGACUUCUCAGACUGCCCUUGGCGGCAGCCCCAGCAGUUUUCAAGUGCCAGCUAUUCUGCAAUUGGAUUGCAAGGCAAAGCCAUCCCUGUAAACUGCUGCCCCCUGUACAGGACUUGGUCAGUGUGAGGGACCCUCUUGUCUCAGAGUAUUAAUCACUUCUCACACACACAGCCACCACACAGGGAGAGUUCUCCCUGUCUCCAUGUAAGCUCCCCAGCAACAAAAGUCCCAUGCCAGAGGUGUGGGAAAACACUGCUCUUACCACACAAGAGGCAUGUGGAGUCCAUUCCAAAGGUACAUAGCUGCCACACAUUUACCCCUUCCCAUGGCCACCUUCACCCCUUACUCCCACAUUAGACAUCUCCCAUGCAUUUGUUCACCCCCAUUCUACAGUCAAAUUUGAGGUAUGUAUGAAGAAUAGUAGAUAAUUAGAUAAAAGUAAAAAAAGCUCAUAGUUCAGGCAGCCAAGCCCUUCAGAAAGUAGAAAUAUGAUCCACAAAAUAAAGAGUGACCAGGUCAUCUCUGUCAACCCAUUUCACUACUUGCAAAUAUGAAGAUCAACACAACGCAGAACAAAUGAGUGUUGGAUGCAGGCAAGAGAAUACUGGGAAAACUAUGAUUGUGUCUGUGUAGAAGGGUUCAGCAGACAUUAAGGCAAUACAGUGGCAUCUCAUUGUCCUGUCCACUAAAAGGUUCUGCUGCUGGCCAUUUAUAAUAGAGUGCUCCACUCACCACCAUCCUUGUCCCAUUUUUUCUGUCCUUCACCUAUGAUGGAUUGCCUUUGAUUUUCAGGAAGAUGAUGAAGAUGCAACAGUCCAGAAAGAGACAUAAAGAAUGCUUACAAUGCAAGAGCUUUCUUGGGCAUUGUCUCACAGACGGUACAAAUUCUACUUUUCAGAACAAUGAUCUGUGCUGAAAGGACAGCAGCAGAAAAGAGACUCUCAUCCCAGUGAUCCUGCUCCCUGUGAUUUUAAACCAGGUGUAGUUCUUAAAUCCCUGUAUGCAUUUUCCCCAUCAUUAGUUCCUAUGUGAAAAUAUGCUCAUGCUACCCUGCUCUUUUCAGGAAUGUGUCCUUGGGGAAUACUUGGGUGUGACUGCCAUCUGUUCUUGGGCUACAGAGGCAGGACAAGAGGUAAUGGGCUGUAAGGAGGACCAAGGCAAGAAUUUGUAAAGCUUUCUAAGAAUAAGGGUAAUUAAGCACUGGAGUAGAUUGCCUAGGUAAAUGAUGACUUCUCUCUCAGUAAAAUGACUGUAAGCUUCUGUCAGAUAUGACAGUGACAAUGUUGAUCCUGUCUUGGGGCAGAGGCACAGAGUAAUGGUCUCGAGAUAAUCUCUAGUCCUGCUUCACUAUGGCAAUGUGUCUCCUUAAGAAGCAUUGAGCUUCAGAUGUUUGGCUGUGGGUUUUUUUGCAUGCAACUAUGCUUAGAUGUUUUAUUGUAGGCAAAAUAGGUACAGAUAAGAACUUUGAGAUGUCAUUGGUGUACUUCCUUUCUUUUAGUGAUUAUCCGUGUUUCUGGCAUUUCACUAUCAUUCAGCAUGCCUAGUGCCUCCUCUGGAGAGCAACCAUGAAAUAAACCUGUUUGAUUCCCCUUGA